GAGUAAAGGCUCUUUGCUUUGGUUUUCGUCUCCUUUUGUGGAUUAUUUUUGGACAUAAGAGUGGAAGAUAUCAUGUGGACUGUCCAUAAAAUGAGGUUUAGCAUGUUCUUGCUGUUUUGGGGAUUGGUUUUAUCUACAGAAUGCAGAGCUCCCUGGCAAGGAAAAGAAAUACAUGAAGUGUAUAAAAAGGGCAGUCGACCUGAGAGGCAGAGAAGAGACGCACACGGAGAAUCACACAAGCAAGGCAGUCCGAUACUGAAGCGAAGUCCUGACAUCACCAAGUCACCGCUGACAAAGUCAGAGCAACUCCUGAGAAUAGAUGACCAUGACUUCAGCAUGCGACCAGGUUUUGGAGGACCUGCGAUUCCUGUUGGAGUAGAUGUACAAGUUGAAAGCUUGGAUAGUAUUUCUGAGGUCGACAUGGACUUCACCAUGACACUCUAUCUAAGGCAUUACUGGAAAGAUGAAAGACUAUCAUUUCCAAGUACCAAUAACCAAAGUAUGACCUUUGAUGGCAGGCUAGUGAAGAAGAUCUGGGUACCUGACAUGUUCUUUGUACAUUCCAAACGGUCCUUUAUUCAUGACACUACUACAGACAAUGUCAUGCUUCGGGUCCAGCCAGAUGGGAAAGUACUUUACAGCCUGAGGGUCACUGUUACAGCUAUGUGUAACAUGGAUUUCAGUCGUUUUCCUCUUGACACACAGACAUGCUCACUGGAAAUUGAAAGCUAUGCUUAUACUGAAGAUGACCUCAUGCUGUACUGGAAGAACGGGAAUGAUUCUCUGAAAACAGACGAGAGGAUAUCACUAUCCCAGUUCCUUAUACAAGAGUUUCACACCACCACCAAACUUGCCUUCUAUAGCAGUACAGGCUGGUACAACCGUCUUUAUAUCAACUUCACUUUGCGCCGGCAUAUCUUCUUCUUCUUGCUCCAGACCUAUUUCCCUGCCACUCUGAUGGUGAUGCUGUCUUGGGUGUCCUUUUGGAUCGACCGCCGAGCUGUGCCUGCAAGAGUCCCUUUAGGGAUCACAACUGUGCUGACCAUGUCGACCAUCAUCACGGGCGUCAACGCCUCCAUGCCUCGGGUUUCCUACAUCAAAGCUGUGGACAUCUACCUCUGGGUCAGCUUCGUGUUCGUCUUCCUCUCGGUAUUAGAGUACGCAGCAGUGAACUACCUGACCACCGUGCAAGAGCGGAAGGAAAGGAAGUUGCGAGACAAGCUUCCCUGCACUUGCGCACUACCUCAGCCAAGGCCAAUGAUGGAGAUGGAUGGCAGUUACAGCGAUGGAGAGGUGAAUGAACUGGGACAGUUCAUGUCUGAAAAUGGCGAUAAACAAGACCGAAUGAUGGUUCAACUGGCACUUGGCUCGGAAAGGAAUUCAACCAGGAGGAAAAACCAAAGAUACAGCAGUAUGAAGAUUGACACCCAUGCCAUUGACAAGUACUCCAGAAUAAUAUUUCCGGGGGCAUAUAUUUUAUUUAAUCUGAUAUACUGGUCCAUUUUUUCAUAGCUUUUUUUUUCAUCUAGCCAGUUUUUAUGUAGUUCAUGCAUUAACUGUUUAAUGAAAUGCAUUUCCAUAAAGCCAAUUUGAGAAAACAGAUGGUUCCAAUGUCCUUGGUUUGGGCCAUCAUUAAUGUUACAUAUGAAAUCCACAAAAGGCACUUUCCCAUUCAUUUUAAUUGGGACUUAGAUGGAAGAUGUGACUGGAAUAGUAAUUUUAUCAGGAUCCAAAAUAAUCAUCAUGGGAGAGAGCAGAGGAAAGAGACGUCUGCACAAGAUAAAGGAUAUUGUUUCAAGACUGUUUAUUUUAAAAGGAAGAUAAACUCUACUAAAGGCAGAACAAUACAGUCAUAUGGCUCUGAAAGUAAGAAGACUCUGAGUUUUACAUUUUUAAAUUGCUAGUUUUGGCAUCUAUAUUCUAAUUAGAGAAAUGGGCUGUAUUAAUACUUUGUUUCCAUUUGUAAAUAUAUACAAUAUUAUACAUUUUUA